CCGCCGCACUCUCACUUCGACAACUUUACACCAGUGUCUCAGGACUCUCCCUUCACCCGGGGGUUCGCACUCUGGUCUUGUUUUUUUUGUUGGUUAGUUUGUUUUUCAAUCCGGGCGGAACCGAGUCGGGUUCCGUGUGAUUCCGUGCGUCUUUGGCUUGUUCCGGGCCACGCGUUUUACUCAUGGAGGGAGACGUUAUGGACAAGCUGGACGACAUGGCCUCGGUGUACGAGUUCGACCCGUUUACCGGCAACAUUCCCGCCACCAAAGUGGAGAUCACGGUCUCGUGCAGGAAUCUUCUAGACAAAGACACAUUCUCCAAAUCAGACCCAAUGUGCGUCCUGUAUACACAAGGAGUCGAAACGAAACAGUGGAGAGAGUUUGGCAGAACCGAGGUGAUUGACAACACACUAAAUCCAGACUUUGUCAGAAAGUUCAUCCUUGACUACUUCUUCGAAGAAAAACAGAACCUUCGGUUUGACUUAUAUGAUGUUGACUCCAAAAGCCCAGACCUCUCAAAGCAUGAUUUCCUUGGGCAGAUGUUUUGCACCCUUGGCGAGAUCGUCGGCUCGCCAGCAAGUCGAUUGGAGAAAACUCUUGGGUAA